AUGUCAAUUCUACUUUCAUGGAGACAAUUUCAACUAUUUGAUUAUACACCAAUAAGAGAUCCAAAUUAUCAAUCUAAUGAUCCAUUAUAUUCAGAUCCAACAUUAUCAUCAAUCAAUGCAACUAAAUCAUAUAUAAUUAUUGCAGUUAAUAAUUCAACUUUAAAGAUUAUAAAUCCAAGUGAUAUAACAUGUACAUGUCAAUUCCAAGCUUACGAUAUUGAUUAUAGAAUAACUUUCAUUGAGCCAUUAUAUAAUUCAAGUAAUUUAGUAAUUACAUUAGCCGAAAAACAAGGAUUUCCUUCAAUUAUCAAACUUUGGGAUAUUACAAAAAUCCAAAAUCUUGAAAAUGUUGAAGAAUCAGAAUACAAAUUCAAAUUCCAAACUCAGGUGGUGGUCAGUAGUGUUGGAAGUGAAGGAAUGGGGGAUAAUUCUUUUCCAAUAAGUUGUUUCAAAUUUAAUUACGAUUUAACUUGUCUUGCAGUGGGCUACACAAAUGGUAAAGUCAUACUUAUAAGAGGUGACUUGCUAAGAGAUAGAGGAGCAAAACAAAGAGUCAUUUAUGAAUCUGUUGCAAAUGAUCCUGUAACUGGUAUACAAUUUAAUGAAGAAGAACAAGUUUUGUAUUUAACUACUACAUCAAAAAUUUUGACUGUUACAACUACUGGUAGAAAUCAAGGAAAACCGUUGAGGAUGUUAUCCCAAAAAUUUGGAGCAGACUUGGAUUGUACUACCACCAGCCCUAAACAAGAAUUAAUAGUUGGACUACCAGAAUCAAUUCAAUAUUAUAACCCCACAAGUAAAAUCAAAACUGUUAAUUUCGAAAUACCAAAAUCAAAGAUCUUAAGAUACAAUUCAUAUCUUUUAAUGGUCUGUCCACAAACUGAUGAGAAGUCAACCAGAAUUCAAACAAGAAUUGUCAUACUAGAUACAAAAAACAACCACAUAUCAUUCAAUCUUUUAAUUCCAAAUAGUGUUAUAAAGUCUGUUUUCAAAUUAAAUGAUGAUAUUUUUUUCCUUUCAAACGAUGGGGUACUUUACAAAAUAUUCGAAAAACCAAUAAAUCAACAAAUUGAAUUAAUACUACAGAGAGAAUUAUUUACAGUAGCUUUUAAUUUAGCAAAACAACAAAAAUUACCUACGGAUUCAUUACUUAGAAUACAAAAAUUACAUGGAGAUCACUUGUACGACGAACAAAAAUAUAAUGAGGCAAUUGACAUUUACAUAGAGUGUCUUGAAUUAUUUACUGAAUUUUCAGAAGAAGAUGAAGAUGAAUUUAUAAUGAAUAUAAUUACAAAAUUUAAAGAAGCAACAAAUAUUAGUAACUUGGUGAAAUUUUUACAAAAACUUUACCUGAAAUCAUUGGCAAAUAUAGAUCAUAUUACUUUGUUACUUUGUUGUUUGUGCAAAUUAAAAAAUCUAGAAGAAUUGGAUUUAUUCAUUGAUGAAUUCGAUUUAUCCAUUGAUAAUUUACAAAAUCUAAAUUUUCCCUUGAUCAUCAAUUUAUUUAAAGAAUGUGGUUUUUACAAACAAGUGUUGAAGCUACUAUUCAAAUUGAAUCAAACUAAUUUAAUUGUGGAUAUUCAAUUAUAUGAUUUAAAAAAACCAAAAGUUGCCUUGAACUACAUAAAAUCUUUAAAAAUUGACGAUUUAUUGAUAAUACUAAUAGAUCACUCCAAAAAAUUAUUAGAUGAGUGUCCAAUUGAAACAACAGAGUUGUUGAUUAAUGUAUUUACUGGACAUUAUAAACCAAAAGAAGUUGAAGCAAAUAAUGAAGAAGGUGCAGAUAUUGAAAAAAAUGUAGAACUUACAAAUUAUAAAUCAUUUUUGAAAUAUCUUACACUCAAUUCUUCUGAGGACAAAGAAAUAGAAGAAGAAAUUACAACUACAGAGCCAACUUAUUUACCACCAAAACCCAAUCUUAUAUACUCAAGUUUCACAAACCAUCCAAAUGAAUUCGUUAUAUUUUUAGAAGCAUGUAUUGAAGCAUUUGAUAAAUAUCAGGGGAAUAUAAUGGAUAAAAAGGAAGUGCUAAUAACAUUAUUGGAAAUGUAUUUAUCAAUUUAUAAAACGACUGGUAAUGAAGAGUGGUUGGAAAAAGCAUCCGACUUAGUUACUCAAUAUCAAAAAUUAUUAGAUCCAAAGUCAUUAUUGUUAUUAAGUCAUUUAUAUAAUUUUGAGCCAGGUGAAGUAACAGUUCAGGAUGAUUUACAAACUAUUGAAAGUUUUCAAGUUGAGGGAAAUUUAGAAAAAUGUUUAGUUUUUUUGAAUUCCCGAGGUGGUGAAAGACCAGAAUUGUAUAAAUCGAUGCUUGAAUACAUUAUUUCUAGUAAAGAAAUUUACAAACAAGUUAAUUUAAAUGAUUUGAAAUUGAUUAUUAAAAACGCUCAAAUGGAGCCUUUGGAUUUAUUAAAUUUACUUACAAGUGAUGGGAAAGAGUAUAUUGAUUUUCAAGUAGUCAAAGAAUAUUUAUUGAGAUUCUUUACAGUUGAGGAUCAAUCUAUUAACAACAACGAAAAAUUAAUUGAUUUUUAUCAAAAGGAAUCAAUCAAGAGCUCAUAUCGUUUAACAGAAUUAUCUCAAACUUUUGUGAUUCUGAAUAGCAUAUGUUCUGUUUGUCAUUUACAUUUGGAUUACCCCGUAGUUCAUUUCAAAUGUAAACAUUCUAUGCAUCAGAAAUGUUUGAAUCUGGUUGUUGAUGAUGAGAACAAUGAUACUCUUAGAUGUCCAAUUUGUUAUACCAUUGAAAUAAAGCAAGAGAGUUUUAAAGAUAAUACUGAAUUUUUUAUGGAUUCUUUACAAUCCUCAAAGGAUCUGUUUAAAGUUAUAUCUGAGUAUAUAGGUAAAGGAGUAAUGGAUGGAUGA